AUGGAGUAUUCGGUCGAUGCGUUUGGAGAGAAAGAGGGUGCGAGUUUUGAUUCGUGCAACCAAGUACCAGCAUACACCGAACCUGCCGUCGACUUCACCAUUCCCAGCGCCAUCUACGAUAUGCCCGUAUUUGGAGGCACUUGUAGCUUUUACGCAACCAAUCAGUUGGCGACCAAGGGGCAGGAGGUCGGGAUCGCCAUUGUCCAUUUCGACAGAUCCAGAAUGGCGGAAACGGAAAAGCUUUGUGAAUACUGCACCGCCAUUGACUUUGAACAGCUUCGCCUUCCAUCUUCGAAAGAUGUGGAAGGGCUGAACAAAGGACAGCCAAUCGAACGAAUAUUUCCUUGCACCAAUUACAAUGUUUACAACGAUGAUCGUCCCCACUGGAGUCUAGGAACCCAGAGCCGUAUUGAGACGUCUGCGGCCACUUGCUCAUUCUGCCGGGAAGUCUGUCACGUUCUCGAAACAUCAGGGGUGCGAGUAAAAGCGCCUUCUGUUUUCGAAAAAGAUCCCAUUUGCGACGUCUACUUCACCGAUGCUGGCUGCGUGGAAGCGCCUCCUGGUGUUACUUGGAAGCGAUACGCGCCACUUGAGACAUCGUUACGGGAGUUCGCGCGGAAGCAUGAAUACCUAUGGCGUAAACUGCUACCGCAAAAAUCCCCUCCCUCGCUGAGGGGCCCCGCUUUUACUUAUCCAAGAAUCUCCUUGCGAUGGACGGUGCCUGAAAAGCAUGAGAUGCCCUCGUGGAAGCGUUACCCUGAGUAUGAAGGCGUUAUUGAGCUCUUCGAAUGCUUUCAAAGCAUUGAAGUGGGCACGAAAAAACGACAAAGCCUGUUUAGUGGCCGGGAAAGGCCAGCCCUGAUCGACCUGGAAUUGCCACGGCGAUGGUUACGUGAUUGUUUGGAGAACGAUAACGACUGUUGUGCUCCCAAACUAAAAGGCGAAGGUGUCAAAGCGUCAAUCUUUCGCCUUAUUGACACGAAAACAAAAGCAGUGGUGGGAUUCGAGGAGCACCGUCUCGGAGAUACUCCGUACGUGACGCUUAGCUAUGUUUGGGGCACCACACAACAAGUCAUGCUCAAGCGUGAAAAUCUCCUUCAAUUACAGUCUGCCGGUUCCCUCGCACAUAUUACUCCACAAACUAUUAUAGACGCUAUGAUCUUCACAUCCGAUAUGGGAUAUCGGUACCUUUGGGUGGACCUUUUCUGUAUCAUACAAGAUGAUGACACGGAUAAGAUGUCCCAAAUCCAAAACAUGGGUGAUAUCUACAAGAAUUCCGUCUUCACAAUUGUGGCCGCUGCAGGUGAGAAUUCCGGCUCAGGGCUUGCGAGUAUCCAUACGCCUCGAACGGUAAUCCAACGCAAGGUCCAAGUCAAACCAGCGGGCCCACAAGAAAUGCCCUUGUGGCUCAUCUCAACAGUGAUGCCUCGUACGGAAAGUCUUGAAUAUUACACAUCUAGCCUUCCUUGGCACAACUGUGGUUGGACGUUACAAGAAAGAGCUUUGUCGCGACGCGUGUUCACGUUCACAGGCGAGCAACAACUCUAG